AUGGCGUACUAACUAUAUUCUAGUCCUUUCUAGAGAUUUUAUUGCGCCUCUCCUAUAUCUCCAGCUGCUUUAGUUUGUUUUUGUACCUAUUUUAUGGUAGCUAUUAUACCAUUUUUGCUUGUUGCCUCAACUUAAAAUUUAUGGCAAACACAGGUUAUAGGAAUGGAAUAAGUAGAUAUGAACUUUUAGAACGAUAAUAACUUCCAUAUAUCAGUUUUAAUUAAAAAGGCUGAUUCAACAUUAAGCACAUACACAAUAUCCAAUCUUUUAUAUUAAAAUCCAUUAAAUAAUGAUGGUACAUUAGUUAGUCUUUAAGGUUUAACACAUUAAAGUUAUGAUUAUAAUGAUGAUGGAAAAGUUGAUCAUUUAGAAAUAAAUUUAUAACUAAUAACAUUGUAGGGUACUUAUGUAGUUGAUGCAGAUAUAGUUAUAUUUAUGGGAAUGAAUUUUAAAAAAUAUACCAAGAUUUAAAGUUAUGGAAUGUUAAGAUUCAAAACAAAUAACUUAUCACAGUCAAAUUUAGGUAGUGUAGUAUUUAUAGGUUAUCCUGUGCUCAGAACCAAUUAACCUUUACCAAGAUCUAAGUAUAAAACAUUGCAAAUAUAUAAUGAGAAUCCAUUUAUAACAGGCUGGAUGCUCAUAGAUCAGAUAUACUAAAAAUAUUAUUAAAGAGACUUUAGAAUUGAUGCUGAAUACUAAACUCAUGUAACUUAAUGCAUUUAGCCAUCUUAGACAUAUUAAUCAAUUGUAAACUUUAAAAUAUUACUCGACCUUAAUAAAUAGCAAGAAGUACUUUAUAAACCUUCUUUCCUUUAGCUAAUAAGAAAUGCUUGGGUCCAAUACUUUGGUUUACUGUUCCCCUCAAUCUAUUUUGGAAGAUUUUUCCUACAAUUUAUAUAUAAAUAUAAAUUCUUUUCAACUUACAUAGUUGAUAAUUUACCUAAACAAGAAAAACUAAACUGA